CCAAUGAGAAGCUUGGAGAAGAAAAGGUUCUGCACAUAAUAGAAAAUCUGACUUCUCUGAUAAAAGAGACGUUUCCAGAUGCUAAAGUCUACGCAGCGAUGGGCAAUCAUGACUUCCACCCCAAGAAUCAGUUUCCAGGGAAGGAGCACAGGAUCUACAACCGAACAGCUGAACUGUGGCGUCCCUGGCUGAAUGAUGCUUCUGUUCCUCUUUUCAGAGCAGGAGCUUUCUACAGUGAGAAGCUGCCCAGCCCAAGGACAAGGGGGCGAAUGGUUGUCCUCAAUACCAAUCUGUACUACGACCAGAAUGACAAGACAGCUGAUGAGGAAGAUCCUGGAGGACAGUUCCAGUGGCUGGAAGAAACACUGACCAAUGCCUCUAGGGCAGAUGAAAUGGUCUACAUUGUGGGGCACGUCCCUCCUGGCUUCUUUGAGAAGAAACGAGGCAAGCCCUGGUUCCGGAGUGGCUUUAAUGAACGAUACUUGAAAAUUGUGCAGAAGCACCACAGAGUGAUUGCUGCCCAGUUUUUUGGGCACCAUCACACAGACAGCUUUCGGAUGUUUUACAGUGAUACAGGUUCUCCAAUCAAUGUCAUGUUCCUGGCCCCUGGAGUGACUCCCUGGAAAACAACGUUACCUGGAGUGAACAAUGGGGCCAACAACCCUGGGAUUCGGGUGAUCGACUAUGAUCCAGACACCCUUCAAGUGUUGGUAACAUGGAUUGCAGAACUUCUCUUUGGGGACUGA